UACUCUUGUUCCAGAUUUUAGUUAUGUAAGUAGAAUUUUCAUGUAUAGAUAGCUCUGUGAUGUAAGUGAAGUUACUUGUCAUACUGUAUUCAUCAAGGAUAAUUAAGGAUAGAUAUAUGACAAUUUUGUCAAGACUACCUAACCUGUUGUUUGUAAUUCAGUCUGUGUUGAGACAUUCAGCCUGCAGCAGGUCUGUUUUUUAUGGGCUUUAUGGGUGAUAGACCUUCAACUAUGCCUACACCACAAGAUGCCUUGCCAGGACGUGAUGAGAGAAUAAAAGUCUCACCAAAACAUGCUGUCAAUGGAAACCCCACAGUGCCACCAUUUCCAGAUCAGAUGCAAAUGGCUAUGUUUGGGAUGGGUUGUUUCUGGGGAGCGGAGAGAAAGUUCUGGAAGCAGGCAGGGGUUUAUUCUACACAGGUUGGAUAUUCAGCCGGUUAUACUAAGAAUCCUACAUACAGGGAGGUGUGUACAGGGAAUACCGGACAUAAUGAGGUGGUCAGAGUCGUGUUUGAUCCAAAAAAUGUUUCAUAUGAUGAAAUUCUAAAGGUAUUCUGGGAAAAUCAUGACCCCACAACACCGAAUCGUCAAGGAAACGACCAAGGAACACAAUAUCGGUCAGGAAUUUAUUUUUACUCCGACGAACAACAAGACGCUGCGGAAGCCUCUAAAGAAGCAUAUGAAAAACUGAUAAUAUUAAAAGGUUACGGCAAAAUUGUGACAGAAAUAAUUCCAGCAUCUGAGUUUUACUAUGCAGAAGAUUAUCACCAGCAAUAUUUACAUAAAAAUCCCGACGGUUAUUGUGGAUUAGGAGGUACGGGAGUGAGCUGUCCAAUUGGUCUCGGGAAGAAGGACGGAAAAAAGAAGCCAAACAGCGAAUUGUGAUAUUAUAAUAAUAUACAAAAAGUGCUUUCAAUUUCAAUAUUAUUUAAAGAUGAUUCAUAUUUAUUUGAUCACUCUCAGGUGACAUGACUAAAUAUCUGGGUCUUACAUUUUAUAAUGUGUGUUUAGCUCAUCAGUACUCGGAGAUGAUUGUUUGUGAUGUCAUUGUGUCCGUAGAUCUUCUUACUAGAAACUACAAUGCCUUAAAUUAACAUUUUUGCCAAAUAGCAUCCCCAUGUGGUCCUCUACAAAAGUUACAUGCUUUGAUAACUUAGCUUGUAUAGACUUGCAUUGUCAAUUAGAUUAUAUUAACUUAUAUAAAGAACUCACGCCUUCUUGAGUGGAACUGCAAUGUCCAGAAUUUCGAUGUUUGGCAUGCAGGAUCAUGUUGUGGCCCUGGUCCAUUGGUCAGAUAUCAUAGUUAUAUAAAUCAUGUCUUUGGGGUUAGAAUCUUUCUCCUAGAUCAGUUGUUACUUAAGAGUAUAUGGUCUUAUAUAGGAAAAUGCAUUAAAGUCUUUAUGUUGAAAACUGCAAUGACCAGAGUUUAGAAAUUCAGCUUGUAGCAUAAUUUUGUGUACCUCUACGAAAGUUACCUUAAAUCAUGCCAAUUUGUUAAAAAAAGAUUCCACCUUAGGGGUUAUUUUGUUUACAUUGACUUUUGUAGUUAGCAUGGCUGAAAAAAUCUUAAUAUGAAAAUACCAUGCCCAGAGCCUAGAUUUUUUAGCAUGUAGCAUCAUUUACAAAUGUACAUGGCUUGUGGUUCUAUGUAAAUCAUGCUCUUGAGAUGUAAGAUUUUGGCCCCGGCCAUGGGAUCGUCUUGGGUUGUUUAGACUUAUGUAAGUUUUCUUGUGUUAAAACCAUUUAGCAUGUAACAUUUACUAGGAAACACCUAAAAAUGUUUUAUAAAGUAUGCAGCUUGGGUAAAAAUUGUCAGAUCUAAUGUGACAUUACUUCACCAUUGAAGAAUUGUAACCUUUUCUAGCAAUGUAUCCCAGGUUAGCAAUCAGGGGCCAUAAUUGUCCUCUUGUUAUUUUAUAUUAUUUCAAGGUGUUUUUCAUAGAUCUUGCUGAAAUAUAAUUUUUCAUAUAACAUUAAUGUAGUUAUAAAUUAUGAAAUGUGAAUUUGUGUUUAACACCAGGGAUUUAGGGACUAUUAGCCAGCACAAAGUUCAAACACAGUAUCUCUAUCUCCAAACCUGGUUUAUUAAAGUCCUGUUUUUAAACAUUCAACAAAUAUGUUAUUUAGAUUAGCUAAACGUUUAUAAGUUCUUGGUGCUACAAUGAAAGUAAAUUUUAUAAACUGAACACAUUUAUUUAAUUAGUCUUCUCCUGUUAUGUUUUAUUUGAUGAAGAAAGUAAUUAUCAAAUAUAAUCAAUCAUUUUUAGCUUGACUUUUUUGAAGAAUAUUGGAGCUAUCCUACCCACCUUGACUUUAGAGUAACUUUAUGCAUGUCUUUGAGAUAUUGAUAUCAGGUCACUGUGAAAGUCCAUAACUCUGACAUAGAUUUUGACAAAAUUAUGUCUCUCCAUAAACUUUAAAAAAAAUCCUGGUUAAAGUUUUGCAUACAACAUCAGUUUUCAAAAUUACAGAAGGGCAUUGUUUUGAAACUUAAGUCAUGUUUUCAGAAUUAUUAUUGAAGAUUUUUUUCAAAGAUCCAGAACGCUAGCAUUGUUUUUAAAUGAAAUAUUGCCUUUUGUGAACUUACUAAAUUUUAGGUCAAUAUCCAAGACUCAAAGGCGUGUCAUGUAUUAUUAUUAUUUAGGUUCUUGUUUAACUUUCAAGCACUGAGAAUAGUAGAAUAUGCUGUCUUUGUGUUACCUCUUGUUUAUUACCUCAGUUUAUACAAUCAAUUUAACAUAAUUAUUUACAUGGAUGUGUGUUAACACCACUUUCGUUCUAUGUGUUAUAACAAUAAAUAGACUUUAUAGGUAAUACAUGAUAAUAAAUGUAAACACUUAAGAACUAAGGAAACAAAAUCGUAUUUUAAAAUAUUUAAAAUCAUGUAUCUGAAGUUACUUAAGUAUUUCUGUACAUGACAAGUUCUAAAUAAGUUCUGAAUGACAGAAAGCAAAUUAUUGUCACCUUAGUGGAGUACUGGGUUAAGUCCUUCUAAAUUAAAUAAGAGUUAACCAGUUAUUGCAAUAAGGUGACCAUUUGGUAAGCAUCAUGUGCAAUACUAGUAGAGUGUGUCUAUAUAAACUUAUAGCUUCUUACACAAUUAUGCUAAAAUUAAUGCUGUAUGUACUAAUAUUUGUAAUUAGAAUUAUUAAAGUCUACAAUCAAAAUCAAAGAUAACUAAAAUAAGCAUGUUAGAUGAUCAGGAAGUCAUAAAAAUGUAUUUAUUUCUGCUUGUUAUAAGUAUAUGAUUUUACUUUUGCUAUGAAUUUAUUAGUAUUUCUUGAGUAUGUAUUGUUAUUUCUGUCCUGAAACUGUUAAUGAAAAGGAAAUAAAUGUUAUAUAACUUA